CCUGCAGUACAUCUUAAAAUAAACUCCAUAAAAGUUAAGAAAUCUUUGGCCCAAAUUUCUCUAGCUUCUACUUUUUAAACUUAAAAUGUAUGAUACUAAUAUGCAAUUGUAUCGUACGUGCUGGAGUUGUGUAGAGAAAAUCGAUUGGUGUUUUAAGUAUAUGGUCACAUUAUUAUUUGGACGCAAAAAUAGUAAACUUUAUAAUAACUUAUUAUGAAUAUUGUGGCUCUAGUGGAUUAUGACAGCAGCUCCAGCUCUGAAAACGAGGAAACAGAGACAAUAACUCAGAAAUCAGUCAGCUUAAAGAGAUCGGCUUUACCCACAGCUGCUUCCUUGCUGGGCGCCAAGAUAACAAAAUUAGAAAACAAUGAUGAAGAGGAUGACUUUGACAAUCCGACGUUACAUGGCGGACGCAUACGUAGCUUUAAACACGAACGCGGCAAUUGGGCAACAUUUGUUUAUGUACCCGCCCUCACUUGUGCGGAGCAGCUGAAGGAUUUUCAAUUGGAAGCGAUUGAGAGGCUUGCUCCACAAAUUGAGCUACAGUCUAAUGAAUCACUGCAUCUGAGCUUAAGCAAAACUGUGGUGCUACAAUAUCAUCAAAUUGACGAGUUUCAGCGAUCGCUGCAGCAGGCGCUUCACAGCUGUGUAAGGUUUAAUAGCACGCUGAAUUCGCUUGAAGUGUACACAAACGAAGAGCGCACAAGGACGUUUUUGGCGGUGCAGCUCGAUGCUGCAUAUACGAUUAAGAUGUCGGAACUUUUGAAUUGCGUGGAUUCGGUUAUGCGUGACUAUCGCCUGGAGCAGUUUUAUAAGAAGCCCUCAUUUCAUGUCAGUCUGCUGUGGUGCCUGGGCGAUCGACAGGCGAUGCUGCAAGAUAGGCUGCAGGAGCUGCAGCUUCUGCUCAAGGAGCAUGAGGCACUUAAGCUAGCAGUACAUGAGCUAUGCUGCAAAUGCGGCAAUAAGGAUUUUAUUUAUAAGCUAAAACAGUAGUGGAAACAGGAAAUGUUUCUUCAAAGGCUUAAUUAAGGCCUUUCUUCUUGUUGCCAUUGCCCUGCUUGGCCUGCUGUGCCUGUUCCUCGAUCAUGCGUUCUUCUUCAAGUUCCAGAAAACGUUGACGGCGUCGACCCAAUGGCGUUUUAGACCACCACGAUUCGAAAGCCUCCUCCUCCUCACGAUAGACGGGAUCUCGAGAACUGGAAUGAAUAUAUUAACAUUAACACAAGGCAACUUGAUCUAUACAUUUAUAUAUUCUCACCAGAGCACAUUAAUGAGCUCUGCAUUGGUUAGAGGCUGUGAUCGUAGCUGUAGCUUACGUUUGCAGGUCAUCACCUCGCGCAGACAAGCAUCAAUUGCGCCUAUGGUAUAGCCAUCCGAUAUUUUGGCCAUGGCACUGGUAUCCAAGUUGGAAAUGCCACCAGAGUAUUCGCUGAAAAAUAUUUGGUUUAUGAAACAACAGAAAAAUGGAUUACAGCGA